UCACUAAUAAAAGACCGCGUUAUAAUGAGUGUUAUCAUUGUUUAUCGCAGUGGGACAUCUGGCGAAUUCUGUUGUUCAUUUUUUUCUGUUUGAGUCUAGCUAGCGUUAAAUUUUCAACAGUUUUUAAAUUUUUUAUUGUUUUCAAUUAAUAUUUGAAUGUCUUUGACGUAAUACUGUGAAGUUAAUUAAUUAAAUACGCGAGCUACAAUAAACAAAAAUGACAACAAAUAUAAUUGCUAAUGACGAUUUUGUCGGGGAGACUGAUAAUGAAACAGAAGAGGAUCCAUUAAUACCAGACGAUUUAAAUUUAAAAGUAAAUACUAAAAAAAUUAAAUGGACUCAUAAAAAUAUUAAUCAUGAUUUUAUUAACGACUUUCAUCCGGAACUGAUGACGAAGAACAACCGGCGAAAUUGGCGUCGACUACUAGCUGGUGCAUUAAUAGCGAUUGUCGUUCUGGUUCUGCUGAUCGCGGCGAUAAUUCUCCUGACUGGUGGCCCCGAUUCCGGAAGCUCUCGAACGACGACCACCGCAUCUAGCAUCACUCUCGAAGAGUGGCUCGGGGGCUGGCUAUCCACUAAAAGCUUUAAUGGCACCUGGCUCAGUGACGAUGAAAUUCUCUACCAAGACGAACUGGGAAAUCUGAUGAUUUACAAUGUUAAUGCUGACGAUUCGAAGCUUGUGUUGCCAAUUACUAACCCGGUUCUGGGAUCGCCAUUAACUUUUGACUUUAAAUUAUCACCGGAUCGAAAUUAUUUACUCGUAAUGUCAAAUCAUCAAAAGUUCUUUCGGUACACCUACCUCGCUCAGUAUCGGAUCGUCAAUUUGAAAACUAUGGAAGACACUCUACUCACGGUGGGAAAUUCAACGAGUCUCCAGCUCGCCACAUGGGCGUCCGCCGGCAAUGCGCUUGUCUAUGUUCAUCUUAAUAAUAUUUACUACAGACCGCAAGCAGAAAAACCUAAAGAUUAUCAGAUUACAUAUAAUGGCGUUUUCAGAAGUGUCUUUAAUGGAGUUCCUGAUUGGGUUUAUGAAGAGGAAGUUUUUAAUUCCAACAAGGCUUUGUGGUUUUCACCUAGUGGAAAAAAAAUGGUUUUUGCGUAUUUUGACGAUACACAGACGCCAAUUAUGAAUAUCACUUAUUAUGGCUACCCAGGAAGUUUAUCAUUCCAAUAUACAUCAACUAUUCCGAUUCAUUAUCCCAAAGGCGGCACGAUUAAUCCGACAGUAAAAUUGUAUUAUAUAGAUUUGGAAAAAGUUGUUGAAACAAAUGGGAGUAUUGAGUUAACCGAAAUAAAGUAUCCACCACAGCUGGCUAACUCGGAGAGGAUACUAGCUGCGGUGGCAUUUCCAACAGAGAAUCUUGUGUCAGCUACGUGGAUGAACAGAAUCCAAAACAGAGCGGAUUUCCAUCUCUACGAUGUCGAAAAUUCAGUAUACAGUACGGCACACUCUUACCAAGAAAAGCAUGGCUGGGUCGAUCAAUUCGAGCCCCCACACUUCAGUCGCACUGCUGCCGAGUUUCUCUUGAUUCAGCCACGGAAGCAAACGGACAAUGACUCCUGGAUGCACUUGCUGAUGGUGACAAAUGCCACUACCAGUCCAGUUAUUCGUGACCUUACUUCCGGUAGCUUUACUGUCACCAAAAUUGUUGGCUGGGAUCAAGACAACUCUCUUGUAUACUACUUAGCAACGGUAUCGAAUGAUCCAGCACAACAACAUUUCUACAGACUGUCGACAUUAGAACAGGAGUUUAAACCCGAGUGCUUGAGUUGUGAUGUUAAGAGCCAAAUAGACGGUUCACUGUGUCUUUACAACGAUGCGAAGCUUUCACCGGACAAAAGUCGGUACAUCCUGACAUGUGCUGGUCCUAGUGUUCCUGACAUUUCGAUUUACAACAGCGUAAACGCUACAAAAAUAGUGACGUGGGAAGACAACAAAUUAUUGGCAACAGUCGUUGGUGAAAAAUCUUUACCACUUGUUAAACGCUUUACUGUUCCAAUCCAAGAUGGUUUCGAAGCACAAGUUAGACUGCUUAUUCCCCCGGGCGCUGAUUUGACCGGCACUACCAAGUAUCCCUUGCUUAUCUUUGUAUACGGAGGUCCAAAUACGUUCCAGAUAACAGAAAAGUUCAACAUAGACUGGGGUACAUAUUUAUCAACGAAUAAAAACAUAAUUUACGCAGCCAUCGACGGCCGGGGAUCAGGAUUGAAAGGCACGCGGAUGUUGUACUCCGGCUACAGAAAUCUAGGGACAGUUGAAAUUUACGACCAAAUAAAUGUCUCAAGACACUUGCAAGAUAAUUUUCCAUUCAUCGAUAAAAGUAAAACGGGAAUAUGGGGCUGGAGUUACGGAGGAUAUGCAGCUGGAAUGAGUUUAGCAAUGGAUCGUGAUAGCGUAUUCAAAUGCGGUAUUUCCGUAGCACCAGUGACCGAUUGGACUUUGUAUGAUUCAAUAUAUACGGAGCGUUUUAUGGGUUUGCCAAUAGCAUCAGACAAUUUUGAUGGGUAUGAACAAGCACAGCUGUUAAAUAAAGCUGACAAAAUAAAAUCAAAUAGUUAUUAUCUUAUUCACGGUACACUGGAUGACAAUGUACACUAUCAGCAAUCUUUAUUACUGGCUAAGGUCCUGGAGCAGAAGGAUAUAUUAUUUAGACAGCAGACAUACACCGAUGAAGAUCACGGCAUCGCAUCAACGAGGUUACAUCUCUACCACUCGCUGGAAAAUUUCCUAGGCGAUUGCUUCAGGUCAUGAUCUACGGACUGACGGUCUAUUUAAAUAUAAUGAAUGUAAUAAUAAUAAUAAUAAUAAUACAAGAAAAAAAAGAAAUCUUUUAGGACGUUAUUACGAUUUGUCUGUGUAAAUAAAUUACAUGUACAUAGUCCGUGUACAAUAUUGUAAUAUGAGUGUUCAUGUAAAUAACAAUUCGAUAAUUAAUUAGCC